UAGUUCACUCAGUCGAAUAGAAGUAAACAUUGAUUGUAGAAAAAGAACAAUAUUUGCAGCGCAGUCAACCCUCAGUUUUUGUGUCGAUGUGAAGAUCUUGGCUUACAAUGAUGGUGUCAGGUGUUUGAAACUAUUGGAUUUUGUUCUGAUUGCCGAAAUCGUAUCCCAGAUUUGUUUUAUAUCAAGGUGGUAGAUGAAAAGAGGCGGCACCAAUGCAGAUCACAGUGAAAUCAAUCGUCGACGGAGACGUAAGGAGUGUGAUCAUUGAGUUCGAUCGAGGGGACAUGGUACGGAGUCUCAUCGUUGCAUUCUGCAUCAGGAUUGAUAUUCCAGCCCCCGAAAGUAUCCAAAUGAAGAACGAUAGCGGAGUAAUACUUAACAAAGACAGCACCCUGGCUGAGGCAGGAGUCCACAAUGGGGACACACUAUACAUUCUACAGACUGACUCUAAUGCUGAUGGUGACCACCAUCAUGUCAGAGUCAAACCUGCCCAGGACAAAGAAGGGGCUUGCUCGGCUGUUCUUCUUGCAGUUGGAUUUGUUCUUGUAACUGGAUCGAUAUUGGGCAUCAUUGUCUUGGUGAUGAAGUUCACUAGUGAGAUCUGCACCAAUCAAGGGUAUGGGGCUGUUUUUGAUGCAGGUUCAUCACAUACUAAUAUGACUGUGUACAGCUGGCCUAAUGAUACAAGAGUUGAUGAGACUGGCUUUGUGACACAAAAGGCAACCUGCAGGGCACUAGGUGGAGGCAUCUCUAGUUAUACCGAUACACCUCAAGCUGCUGGUGAUUCACUUAGGAGCUGUCUUGAUGCUGUGAAAGACGUCAUAUCAGAGCAGUAUUAUGAGUACACCUCAUUGUAUCUUGGUGCAACUGCCGGGAUGAGAUUGUUAAGGGAGACUCAACAGGCUACUAGUGACUCCAUUAUGACCUCAGUGCAGACAACUAUGGCUUCAUACCCCUACAACUUCACUGCAAAUCAGGCUACUAUUAUCAGCGGGUCGGAGGAGGGGACGUAUGGAUGGGUCUCAACAAACUUCCUGGCUGGAACACUCAAUAGCCCCUCACUUUUCGGAAGUUUGGCAGCGACCUUCUUCACGAACCCACUACCCACAUACGGAGCUCUAGACUUAGGUGGGGCAUCGACUCAAAUCACCUUUAUUCCCGAAGACAUAUCUUCAAUGCCUGAGAACUACACGGCCCAUCUGAGGUUGUAUGGCGUGGAUUACACACUCUACACACAUAGCUAUCUUUGCUACGGGAUCAAUGAAGCAUUACGCAGAUUCAAAGCGUAUUUGGUUAAGGAUGGGGGGUACAAGGAAUUAACCAUCAACCCCUGCGCUCCUGAGGGUUAUUCUGAGGUGAUUGACGACGAGUAUCUAUGGAAAGCCCCUUGUAGCAAAGGUCCACAAGCGUUAGCUGGCUGGGGUACAGAGGUCAUGCCCCCUCACGACACUGACACCCCAUCCACCUAUAACUUCACUGGUACGAGCGAUGCAGCUGCCUGCGCCGCUGCUGUGGAGAGUUUGAUUGAUGUCAACGCAAGUUGUAGCCAUCCACCCUGCUCUUUCAACGGGGUCUACCAGCCAAAACCAAAUGGGAAGUUCAUGGCAUUUAGUACUUUUGAAAAGAUCAUUGUGGGUCUGGGAUUACCCAGAAACGCAACCAUUGAAGAGAUUCAGAACAAGACUCAGUCCUUCUGUGCAGAAACUUAUGAUCAGGUUAAAAAUUUGCCUGGUGACCCACAUCUUCUAGUACUUUACUGCUUUGAAAUCAACUACCUCUCCACGCUAUUAUUCAAAGGAUAUGGGUUUGAUCCUCAAACAUGGAAAGUUACCUUCACUGACGAGGUCAAAGGUCAAGAGUUAGGCUGGUCCCUUGGUUUCAUGAUCAACGCAUCUAACCUAAUUCCCACAGAGGCUUCAUGCUCUAAGUUCUCAGUGUCUGGGUUCUACAUCGGGAUACCAGUCGUUGCAGUCUGUUUCUUGGUGGGAGUGAUUUUACUGGUUGCAGCUGUAUACCGAUAUACUUGGCGUAAAAGGAAAAUCCCUUACGAAGAAUUGGGCACCCCCAACGACUCAAAUAAAUAUGGAUCCGUUUGAUGGCUCUACGGUUCAUCGAUCAUAAAGUAGGCAAACCAAAGUGAACAAAAUUGGCGCCACUUCAGCAAGUAACUGUUUUGUUACCUCAUUGGUAGCAAUGGUCAUUGUCUGCACUGGUUAUUGUUGAUUCUAAAGAGUUGCUUACUGAAAUGGCGUCCGGAGCCGGAGUUUCCCAUUUUGAGCCCUAAGCACUCUGUAAUCUUUGGUUAGCACAUAGCUAGUCGCUUAACAACCAAAAAGGUCCAGUAUUUUGUCUAUACACAUCCCUUAAGUUUUACAAAUGUACAUACAAGCUUUGAAGAUUAGAUUUCAUUAGGGUGGUCUUGUAUACAUUUGGUUGUUCCAUAUAUGAGAAUUAUGUUCAACUCUUUCGACUUCAGCUGCAAUUUUCUGAUCUAAGCAAUAUUAUGAUGGAUGAUUUUAAAUAAUUUUUUUAACUGAGAGUGAAAUUAAUGCAUAUUUCUGGUAACGGAAAAUACAUAAAAUGAGAGAGAAACAGGUUUGAAUGAUGCAGAAGAUGCAGUAUUAAUAGCAAUUCUUAUCUAGCGUGUUAUAUUCAACUAUGAAAGCUGCAAAAUGCUUAUAGUAAACUAAACAUAAUCCUUUGAGAUUUCUCUUCAUUGAUAUGAUUUUUCUUUAAAAAAAUAACUUUUAACAGUUAAGUGAAUUGCCAUGAAAUGAUUCCUGUUGAUUGGCAGUGUAAUCAAUAGUAAUAGUUUUAACGGUAAAAAGAGUCUUUUAUAGCGCAUGAACAAAGAGAGAGACUUUUUAAGAAAGGUUUAUGA